AUGUUUUUAUUGAUAAAUCGUUUAUUGUUUAAAUGUUUUGAUUUAAAUUUGUAUAGUUUAAAGUUUGAAUACAAAAAUUCUGUUUCAAAGACUUUUAUGAAUAAAGAUUUCAACUCUAUAGUCUACAAUGACAAAGCACUUAUUGGAAUUUCUUGGAUUGCUACUUGUUCAUUUGUUGUCAUGACUUUAAUUCGAAAACGACGUUUUCCAUGUGAAUCAUCGUUAAUAAUUAAUAUUUAUUUGGGUUUAGCCGUCUUUGCAGCUUAUUUUUUAUUUGCUUGUUUAGUCGAAUCUGACUUGAAAGGAACAUUUUUAAUAUUAUUGUUUCGUGUUUUUGAUGGCACUUACAAAAGAUUAUGCCUCUUACUUUUUUGGUUAUUAUGUGCUAUUGAAUCAAUUCUCUUUUCAAUAAUGAUUAAUUGUAGGCAAAGAAAAGCAAACACUACUCAUAGAAAAUUUUUUCACUUAACAAUUUCUUUAAUUAUAAUUAGUGGACUUUAUAAUGACCCGCUUUUCUUGGCGCUUUCAGGGCACUUAAUGCUGCAGAUUUUUAUAAUUAUUGAAAUUUUUAGAAAUCAAAGAAUUGAACCGUGGUCGAAUUUCCUUGAUCAAAUGUUUCUUAUUUUUAUCGAUGGACAAGACUCGCAUGAUCUCAUAUUAACACCAAUUUUUCUGCUUGCCGGAAUGUUCUUGCCUUUAUUUAUGGACACAACAAUGCUUUAUUCGCCAAAUUGGACACUUAAACAAAGACAUUUUUCUGGAGUUCUCAGUGUUGGAGUAGGUGACAGUUUUGCAGCAAUUGUAGGCUCAAGGUUACUUUUAAUUUUAAAAAUUGUUUUAUUUUCCUCAAUCGGCAGGUUCGGUCGUAUUCCUUGGCCUUUUGGAUUGAAAAAUAAAUCUUGUAAAACUAUUGAAGGCUCAAUCGCUAUGUUUUUUACACAAAUUAUUGCAAGUGAAGUUAUUUUUGGUUUUUGCUCAUUAAGUCCAUCUUUAAUUUUAUCUGCUAUGGUUUCAACAAUAGCUGAGGCUCAAUUAAAUUCUGGGGACAAUUUAAUAAUCCCCUUUUGUUCAGCAAUAACUUUUUAUUUGUUUGAAUAA